CGAGUAGUACUUAUCACGACGUUGAAUAGAUUAGUUGUUUCUCAAAUGGAACAAAAAAAUGUUCAAGAAUAUUAUUAGUGCGUAAACUCAGUAGAAAUUCACAAAAUAAUCGUUCAAUUUUAUUUCCGACACUUAUUUUCAAUGAAGUUCGAGGGAAAGCAAGGCUGAUUGUUCGUGGUGAUAUUUCCAUAUCGAACGUAUUAAAAACCAACGAAUCUCAGAAGGCACAAAUGAAUAUUGGAUCAGUCAGAAACCAGAGAAUUUCACACGAUCGGUAUGGCGAAUGACAGUGAAAAAUUAGAUCACUUGAUCCAUGGAGAUUCAUCGAUUGCUCCGAGCAUAUUAAAACUCAAUGCUGUCAACAAUCAAACGAGCAUCAAUUAUUUCGAAAAAGAAGCCCAGCAAGAAACAAAACUCUACAAAUCACGAUGGAUCGUACUUUUCCUUUUCAUCUUCUAUUCGGCAACGAGCACCUUCCAGUGGGUCGAGUAUUCCAUCAUUACUAACAUUGUAGCAAGAUAUUACGGUGUGUCAUCACUGGCAGUCGAUUGGACUUCGAUGAGUUACAUGCUUUACUACGUAAUAUUGGUAUUCCCUGGUUCCUAUUUUUCGGAGCGUAUCGGCCUGAGAUGGACAACCAUACUGUCGUGUAUUCUUUGCUGCAUUGGCUCAUGGAUCAAAGUUUUUUCCGUCCAGCCUGACCGAUUCCUCAUGACAUUCAUCGGGCAAUCGUUCGUCGCCAGUACGCAAGUGUUUUUGCUCACGACACCUGGACGUUUGGCAGCUCAAUGGUUCGAUAGCGAUCAAAUAUCGACCGCCACGUCCCUCGGCUUAUUCGGCAACCAGUUAGGAAUUGCUGUUUGCUUUUUUCUCGUACCAAUAGUCGUGAAAAAUCACGUCAAUCUCGAUGAUAUUGGAAACGAUCUGUAUCAACUUUUCCUCGCGGUAGCGGUUAUUACGAGUGUCGCCACAUUACUCGUCCUGAUAUUUUUUCGAAAUGAACCGCGAUUACCUCCGAGUACGACGAGAGCGCUUCAAAGAGCUAAUCACAGCACGAACAAAGAGGGUUUCGUUGAACCGAUGAAACGGCUUUUGGCAAACAAGAGUUUCCUCAUUCUUUGCAACUCUUAUGGACUCAAUGUCGGCGUUUUCAAUGCUGUCGGAACAUUAUUAAACCAGAUAUAUUUGUAUCACUUUGAGAAUGGUGAGGAGGACGCAGGAAGACUGGGCCUGGCCAUAAUCGUGAUGGGAAUGGUCGGAUCCGUAACUUUUGGAAUAAUUCUCGAUAAGACUAAAAAGUUUAAAGGCACGAUAGUCACCGUGUAUCUCUUGACUCUACUCGGACAAAUUAUGUUUGCAAUUGCGAUGUGGUGUGAGGUAAAGUGGAUGGUAUACGUAGCAGCUACCUUUCUCGGGAUUUUCAUGUCGGGCUAUUUCGCCCUCGGUUACGAAAUGUGUGCCGAAUACACUUAUCCAGAGGCUGAAUCGAUGGCUACAGGUGUAUUGAACGUCGCGAACAACAUAUACGGAAUUAUCAUGGUCCUCGUAUCGGGUAUUCUAAUGGAGAAAUACGGUGAUUUGGGAGUGCACGUUUGUCUGUGUGGAGUUCUGUUCGUCGGUCUGAUAAUGACAAUAAUGACGAAAGAUGAGACGAGACGACAGGACGCCCAGAGGGACUCGAAAUACAGAACGAUCGGAACGAAGGACGAGAGAAUAUUGAAUUAUGAAAUGAAAAUCAUCGACAAAUCGUCUGAAGCGUGACAAACUAUUUCAUUCGAUUAUAAACAUUUGUUCAACGUUAUUGUGUGAUUAAAAGAAAAUUUUUUAACCAUGAGUGAACAAAUUUUUGACUCAACGAUUGGAGAAAAUUAUUGAAAAAUUCUGCUCCCCAUUGGCCCAGAUUCGAGAAAAUCAACGAAUCGAAUUCAAUCAAAAUCGAUUAAAAAAAAAUUCGAAGAAUGAUCAAAAAUCCCAACAUGACCUCUAUUUACGUAAUUUAUUUUGUAAUGCUUUAUGA